CUGCGAGUGCAAAAUGCAUCCUGGGAUUUAUAGCGGGAGCAAGCACACACGAGCCACCUCCGAUGCAUGCUCGGUGAAACGGCGAUAUCGAGCACGCAUCCAGAACACUUCCGGGUUUUACGACAGUACUCGCUUGAUGCGUGCUUCGAAUUGGAACAGUGCUCGGGCAACGACUGAUGACGUUUCACGAGUCCACGAGCACACGAGCACGCACAAGUACGCGAAUUGAGAAACGGCUUCAGUGUCACACUGCCAUCACUACCGGCUACUGUUCCCGGGGGCUUGGUUGGGAAUCGCUUUUGACCGUUGACUGUUCUACAUGACUUGAACGCAGCCUUGUUGUUUUACUCCGCACUGUUUGUCCCAACUCAACUUCCGUUGCAAAAUACGGAAGAGCGGGCAUACCGUCCUAACAUGGCUAAUAACGCUGGUUCUCUUUCUACAUGACACUGACCUGCGGAGGUUCGAGGAGCAGGGAGAGCUGAUGCAGCCGGUCGUGUUCUCGCUGCUCGUCCUGCUGUCUGUAAUGCUGUACUUCACCGUCUCUCUGAUGGACCCAGGGUUCAUCCUCACCGAAACUGUCCAGGGACCGCUUGGGGCCAGUGAGGACCAGGAGGCCAUGCUCCCCCAGGCCGCCACUCCCCGCCUGCGACGCUGCGGAUACUGCCUGCUGCAGCAGCCAAUGAGAGCGAGGCAUUGCAAGGCGUGUCAGAGGUGUGUGCGUAAGUUCGACCACCACUGCCCCUGGAUAGAGAACUGUGUCGGGGAGCAGAACCAUCGCUGGUUCCUCCUCUACCUGCUGGUCCAGCUGGGAGCUCUGACCUGGGCCUUCCACCUCGCUCUGUCAGGGCUGAGCUGGUCCCAGGUGGGGUGGGGUCCGUGGUUGAGGACUCACGGUGUGCUGCUGGGGUGCGUGGCCGUGACAGGGGUGUUCAGCAUGGUGGUGCUGGUUUUGUUGGGCUGCCACCUCUACCUGGCCUCCACCAACACCACCACCUGGGAGUUCAUGUCCCGCCCGCGCAUCGCCUACCUGAGGAGCUGGGGCGACGGGGAGGACAACCCCUUCGACCGUGGCCUCCUUUGCAACCUCUGGGACUUCUUCUGCGUCUGCCGCACCGUGGCCUGGGACCGGGUCUACCAGCGGGCCCACCGCGACCACAUAUGACGUAAUCUUCACUUACAGCACCGCCAUGGAGCUCAGCACGAACCACGCUCGGAAUCACCACAGGACAUGCUGGGCUGGACUUGUAUGCGUGGUGGGCUGUACCGAUGGCAAUGUUUUUGGUCGUGGUCAGUGUUCUGUUGGAUUCAUCCAAGGAGCAGCCAUGGUGGCCACCAGAUUCAGUUAAGAUGAGGGGACUCUCUGUUCCAAUGGAGACCUUCAAACAAGCUCUACUUCUAAUGCUGCACGUAAUGUGAGUUCCUAAUAAUGUUUCAUCAUUCUUAGAAGUUUCCAGGGGGAGGGGCCUCACCCCUAACCCUACUAUCCCGCUAACACUACUAAUCCCUAAAUGUACCCCUAACCCUAACCCUUUUACUAAUGACACUAACGCUACUAAACCCCAUACCAGUUUAAAUGUGUAGGCAUCAAAAACAAAUGUUGAUUGAUCAAUGUUGUUAUUCCGAUGUCUCCUCUCCAUAUCCCCAUAACUCAACCUGUGUCACUGUGACCAAUUUCAAGAACUGUAACACUUUUGUAACCUUUUAUUUAUACUGUUAUUUAGUCUGUUUAAUCAGGACACAUUAAAAUAUGAAUAAUACAUAUUUAUAUUUUAUUUAUAUAUUUAUUUAUUUGUAUUUAUAGGAGUUGACUGUACAAGAACUCUAGCAUUCAUCCUCUAUUUACACAGAAUAUUAUCAGCCUUUCUUCUCUGCUAGCUGUUGGUCCCUUGUUCAGGGGUACACUUUAAUCGACGCCCCCCGCCCCCCCAACAGGAAGUUAACACACCCUCUGUUAAAGUAUUAGGAAGUCGUUUUAAAUGCUGACAUCAUCUUAAUUUAGUCCUCAUAAAGAAAUAUUGGUUGCUGCUAUGGCUACUCUUCUAUGGCUUGUGUUUAUAUAAUACUAGUAGUUAUAUAAUACUAUAUCAUACUUUAUUUGGCCUACUUUAGCACAGUUCCAUGCAUCAAGAAUGAAUAAUACUGCAACAAAAACAAUGUUAGUGCAAAUAUUUGAGCUCCACUUGACACAUACAUAUUAUAUCCAUCCUAUAUUAUAUAUAUAAUCCAUAUCUUUAAAAAGGCUUGUGUUCAGAAAAGGGUUGUUCUGUUGGGUCAAGGCAGUGGACACGGUGUCACAGUGAUGCAUAGUAUCAUCAGAAAAUAAAACUGGUAAAUAAAUAUGUCUCCCAAAUAAAGCUCUGUUAAUCCCCCAAAAUAAAAUAUUGUUGAUGCCCCAAUUAAAGUACUGUAAAUCUCCCAACUCAAGUGCUGUUCAUCCCCCAAAUAAAAUACUGUUUAUCCUAAUGAUAUUUAAA